AACAUCUUUCCCCAACGUCACCGAAUUCUCUCUCCAAAACUUUAAACCUCCAUUAACACCAAUCAAAAGAUCCGAUCGAAGAAGCUAAAGAGGCAGCUACUCCGCCCUAUCUUAUUGCCUCUCAAAAAUCGAGUGGACUCGCCAACUCACCUGUUCAAUCGACUCGGAGCUGUAGAAAAACGGCUCUCGGCCCGUCGCCAAUUAGGGCAACCGACAAUCGGAGGAGAGGGAAAGAGAGAAAGAGAGUGAUGGUGGAUCCGGCGAACACGCCACUUGGCAAAAUGCUAUUGGAGGAGAUCACUCCGGUGGUUAUGGUACUCUGCACUCCGCUAGUGGAAGAAUCUUGCCUCAAGAACGGCCUCUCCUUCAUCCAAAUGCUCUCCCCUUUCUGCAAUUUCACCAAUAUCGACGUGCCUGUACGGACGGCGAGUGAUCAACCCUACAGGCUGCAGAAGUUUAAGUUGCGGUUGUUUUAUGCCUCGGAUAUUCGACAACCCAAUCUUGAGGUAGCGAAGGAGAGGCUAAAGCAGGUUAUUACCCAGGCAGGAGAGAAAGAUUUUUCUGAAAUGUGGUCAGACCCACCUCAAGUUAAUGAUCUUCUCUCUAGGCCUGAAUCUGAAAUUUUACCAUCAUGGUUUCAGUUUUUUAACGAAGAGCUUGUACGUACGUUGUCUUUUUCAGACCAUGAAGCUUUUGAUCAUCCUGUGGCAUGCCUUUUGGUUGUUUCUUCUAGGGAUGAGGAACCCAUAAACAGAUUUGUAGACCUUUUUAAUACCAACAAAUUACCCUCUCUUCUUAAUGACGGUGCAAUGGACCCAAAGAUUUUGAAGCAUUACUUACUGGUGCAUGAUAAUCAAGAUGGUGCUUCAGAGAAGGCUACUAAACUUUUGACUGAGAUGAAAAGUACAUUUGGCCCAAAUGACUGUCAAUUACUUUGUAUUAAUUCUUCUCAAGAUAGGCAGAUCCAUCAUCAGGAGAACCCUUGGGCUCCUUUUAAAUCUGAUGCUUUACCUACUGAAAAUCUUGGUUGUUUCCUCAAUUUUGAUGACUUUAAUGAGAUAAAAGAUCUCAUGCAAGAAUUAUCAUCUAAACACAUCAUUCCUUACAUGGAACAAAAGAUACGUGUAUUGAACCAACAGGUUUCUGCCACAAGGAAAGGUUUUAGGAAUCAAAUUAAAAACUUAUGGUGGAGGAAAGGGAAAGAAGAUGCAUCAGAUUCCCCAAAUGGUCCUGUGUACACCUUUAGUUCAGUUGAAUCUCAGAUUAGAAUUUUGGGUGACUAUGCAUUCAUGUUACGGGACUAUGAACUUGCACUGUCGAACUAUCGCCUAAUUUCCACUGAUUAUAAGCUAGACAAAGCCUGGAAGCGCUAUGCUGGUGUGCAGGAGAUGAUGGGGCUUACGUAUUUCUUGCUUGAUCAAUCAAGAAAAGAAGCUGAGUACUGCAUGGAAAAUGCAUUUAAUACUUAUUUAAAACUUGGGUCAGCUGGUCAACAAAAUGCUACCAGAUGUGGUCUUUGGUGGGUAGAGAUGCUGAAGACAAGAGAUCAGAUUAAAGAAGCUGCCACUGUUUAUUUCCGCAUUUGUAGUGAGGAUCCUUUACAUUCGGCUGUGAUGCUUGAGCAAGCAUCUUUUUGCUACUUGUUGUCAAAACCACCAAUGCUGCAUAAAUAUGGCUUUCAUCUUGUUCUCUCUGGUGAUCAUUAUAAAAAAUGUGAUCAGGUAUCUCAAUCCCUUAAGUAUUGUGAUAAUGUACCAAAUUCUCGCUCUUCUAAUAUUUUACAAUGUUUUCAUCUUCAGAUUAAACACGCAAUUCGCACAUAUAGAAGUGCUGUUUCUGUUUAUAAAGGAACCACAUGGAGCCUUAUCAAAGAUCAUGUUCAUUUCCACAUUGGACAGUGGUACGCUUUUCUUGGCAUGUAUGAUGUUGCUGUCACUCAUAUGUUGGAGCUCUUGGCCUGCAGUCAUCAGUCAAAGACCACACAGGAGCUGUUUCUGAGAGAUUUUCUUCAAAUUGUUCAGAAAACUGGUAAGACAUUUGAGGUAUUGAAACUUCAGUUGCCUGCUAUCAACAUCUCAUCACUUAAGGUCAUUUUUGAAGAUCAUCGAACUUAUGCAUCUGCUGCAGCUGCUAGUGUCAAAGAAAGUGUAUGGCAUUCACUGGAGGAGGACAUGAUCCCAUCACUGUCUACUGCCAAGUCCAACUGGCUGGAGUUACAAUCAAAGCUUAUGCCGAAAAAAUAUAAAGAAUCAAAUAUUUGUGUGGCGGGAGAAGCAAUAAAAGUGGAUGUUGAAUUUAAAAACCCUCUGCAAAUCUCUAUCUCCAUCUUAAGUGUUUCUUUGAUAUGUGAGCUUUCUGCAAAUCUUGAAGAAAUGAACUCUGAUGGAAAUGGUUCAAAUAUUGAGCUCCAGAAUGAUGAAAAUAAAACAUCAACUUCCACUAGGGAUAUUGACUCAUCUUCGAUUUUGUCUGAGGUUGACUUGUCAUUAGAAGGGGGUGAAACAACCUUGGUGCAACUAACAGUAACUCCAAGAGUAGAAGGCAUUCUGAAAAUUGUUGGUGUUAAAUGGAAAUUAUCAAGUUCAGUAGUAGGUUUUCAUAAUUUUGAAUCUAACUCGCUGAACAAAAAUGUUGCAAAGGGAAGAAGGAAAGCUAAGUAUUCUCCUGACAACUAUUUGAAGUUUAUAGUGAUCAAGAGUCUACCGAAGCUUGAGGGUAUAAUUCAUUCUUUACCAGAAAAAACAUAUGUGGGAGACUUACGGCAUCUUGUGUUGGAAUUAAGUAACCGAUCAAAAUUUCCUGUUAAGAACCUGAAGAUGAAGAUUAGCAAUCCAAGAUUUCUAAAUGCUGGGAAUCAGAGGGAGUUGAAUGUUGAAUUUCCUGCUUGCUUAGGAAAGAAGACAAAUGUUGUGCAAAGUGGUGGGCAUAGUAACAUUAAUAAAGUGCUGCAGAAUGUGUUUCUCUUUCCUGAGAACAUAUCAGUGCAGGAGGAAACAUCAUUAUCCUGGCCUCUUUGGUUUCGUGCUGCUGUUCCUGGAAAUAUUUCUUUGUAUGUUACAAUAUAUUACGAAAUGGAAGAUGUAUCAAGCAUCAUGAAAUAUCGCACACUACGCAUGCAUUAUAAUUUGCAGGUUUCACCAUCGUUGGAUGUAUCAUUUGAACUUAGUCCUUGUCCAUCAAGAUUGCAAGAGUUCCUCUUGCGCAUGGAUGUUGUCAACAAGACCAGUUCUGAAUGUUUCCAGGUUCAUCAGCUGUCAUCUGUUGGGAAGCAGUGGGAAAUCUCAUUGCUUCAACCUGUUGAUAGCAUCUUACCUUCACAAUCUUUAUUUGCUGGUCAAGCACUGUCAUGUUUCUUCAAGCUUAAGGAUCGCAGGAAGUCAUCAACUUCCGAAGAUAGCAUUCCUUCUCCUUCCCUGCUCCUUCAAAGUGAUGUAAGAUUGGGCCCUCAGGGUAACAGUGAAGCCCUCUUUGAUGUGUAUAGUUCACCUUUGGCUGAUUUCCACAAUAGUGAAAGAUUGCACCAGGGAAUGCCACUUCAGGGUAAUGAAUAUAAAGUUGAUUUUGUUUUCAUCUCUCAACUGCUAAAGGGUAAUAUUGAUUCUGGUGCUCCUAAUACACCACUUCUCAUUUCCCAUCAUGCUUGUCAUUGCAGUCUUUCGAGCAUGAGUUCAAUAUCAUGGCUAGUGGAUGGGCCUCAGACUGUACAACAUAACUUCUCUGGUUCUCUAUGUGAAGUAAAUUUGAGGAUGAUGAUAACCAACUCAUCUGAUGCUGUUGCAUCUGUCCGUAUCAGCACCUUUGAUUCCCCUAGUAGCAGCAUCCAAUCAAGUGAUGCUUCUGCACCUCAGCCAGGUCUACCCCCGGAAAUCCAAGCAGGGUGGUGUGAUAUUCCAGUAGUGAAUGAUAUGAAAGUCAUCACAUCUGAUGCUCUUGCAACACGUUUUACUAAGUCUGUGUCCCUGGAAAGUGUCUCUCAGUUCAUUUGGUCAGGGUCAAGCUCUACUAAACUCAGACUUCAACCUCGGUCGACAGCUGAAAUUCCUCUUCAGAUUAGUGUUUUUGCUCCUGGAAUAUAUGAUUUGUCAAACUAUGUUUUGAAUUGGAAUCUUAUGCCCAGUAGUGAGGAAGAAAAGCAAGGAGAAGCGAGCAAGUCGUCAGGAGUGUGCCAAGGAUAUCCCUAUUAUCUUACUGUGGUCCAAUCUACUUGAAAUAUUGGCUCAUGUUCACCGGUUUUCUGCACUGUUAGCGAUGAGAUCUUGGUUGGUUGUAGUUAUUAUUGUAACUUUUCACAUGUAAAUUAUGGUGCCUAAAAUGUAUAAUUCUUGGUAAAAUAGGAAUUGAGAAAAGCUCAGCGAAGGGAGGAGAUGAAACAUUCUUUUUGGUUGCCAGAAAUAAUAAGGGAAGCAAAAAAGAAAAAAAAACAAAGGAAUUUAUUUUGUUAUUACUUGAUGUAAAUGGACUCAUCAGAGUUUUUGAAUGAAGAAAAUCAAUUACAUUUUAUAGAGUCA